UACUUCAGGACGUCAAUCCUUUGCCUCGCCGUGGCCUACCGGUGCUAUGACAACGGAGCUGAAAGAUGGCGGAGGAGGCAGCGUUGGUGGCAAGUCAUCGGACAUGGAAGGCCCCGACGAUAAGCACGUCGAGCCACCGCUUCGGGAAGACGAAAGCCCAGAUGCUCCUCAAGGGGACCGCACCGACCGUACCUUUCACCUCUCCCAAAUCACCCAUUACUCCAGCACUGAGGAUUCGUCGAACGAACAGCGCACCGAGCGCAAGCUAGGGCUCGAGUGCAGCUGGACUUCCCUCGCCCUGGCCGGCUUCGUGGCGACCGUGGUGGGGGCGCUCAUCGCGCUGGCCAUAGGGCACAUGCGCAGCCACAAGCAGGCGCUCUCACUGGGAUCCAACAAGCUGGAUGGAGGACCAAAUUACAGCUCCACCACGAUGCACGAUGACCCGGGUACCUGGUCGGACACUGGCGACAGCAAGGACGACGCUUUCAACGGCACGGAUCAAGCCAUCAUGUUCGUGCUCAACGUAGACUAG